GGGACAAGAAGCGAUUCGACCCUGAGCACGGAGCUGCCUGAACUCGCAGCGCCCCCGGGACCAUCGCCCCCCAUCCCGCAGUCUUUUCAGAGGAGAUGUCUGCAGCUGUGCCAGAGGCAGAGUCUGGGGUGCAUGUUCCUCGGUGGCCACUGAUAUUCUGUUAAUGAACUCUGAUGGCCCUUGAGCAUUCCAGCAGCUCCCAGUGUGUUGAUGUGUUGAGUUCAUCCAACCUCAGCUGGUGCAGCAAUGCCCUGGAAAGAAAAUUACAAGUCUCUUAGGGCAAAGGCAACCAAAGCCUCUUCAUUAAAAUUACAGAAAAAAUUUUAUAGGGAUACAUUUUUUAACACCACUUUGGUCCAGUGUUUUCAGGGUCCACACCACAUGCGGAGUCCUGAUAGGUUCUUUUAGGGAUCUCAAAGCACAAAAGACACAGCAGGGGACAAAACCAGUUUACUUUUGCAAAAGAUGCACUUUUAUCUAGUGCCAACCAAAUGCGAUAGAGGGAUAGAGAGAGAGAGAGAGACAGAGAGAGAGAAAAGGGGUUGGGAUUAUAGCUACCAAGACGGGCAGACGAUCCUCGUGGAACCAGCCAAUAGAUGGCCGUUGCCGUCCGGGGAAAUCUCGAGGGUCUUUAGUUUGAGGGUGUCUUUUAUAGUCUUUUCCAAGGCGUCGGGUGACUGGCCAAAAGGUGGGAAGAUUUAUGGACUAUUGUAUGUGGAGAUUGUUGCUCCGAGAAACAGGUGGAAACAGGAUGCUGCGCAAGUGGCCUGUGUAGGAGCAGUGCAUCAUGGCAAGCUCCAGGCACACCAACAGUCCUUGUGACCAGUUCUGCAGCAAGUAGCCUGCAUAGGAGCAGCGCACCAUGACCAGUUCAUUGUUCUCACACCACACCAUGACCAGUUCAUUGUUCUCACACCUGAGGGAGCACACCGGCCCUAGUUGGGAUGGGCACCACCUGAGAACAGUCUCUUGGCAUUCUUCUCUUCCCUGGCCAGCGCCUUUAAACUGCAGUUCUUUAGGCCUCGGUCGAGGGUCAUUGGGCAGAAGAAACGAGAGGCUUUUAAAUGGACUCUUACAAGUGUGUUCCCAGUUCUUCAGCUACCCCUAGCAGUGUCCCAGUAACUGCCAGUACUAUCCCAGUAUGAGUACAGUAUGAUGCCAGUCUCUGCCAGCAGGGCCCCAGGCACUCACACUUGUCCCCAGUUGCCCCAGCAUGGUCCCAGGUUUUUAUCCCGCACAUUCCCAGUCACUCCUAAUUACGUCCCAGUCACCACCCCUAUGGUCUCAGACACUCCCAGUAUAUCCCAGUUGCCCUGAACAAUCUUGUAGUCAUUCCCAGGCACUCCCAGUUGCCUGAUUGGGGUUCACUCGCCCCCAGUUUUAUCCCCGUUGCCCAUGGAAUACUCCCAGUGCCUCUUAGCAAGGUUUUUUUUUUUUUGUAAGUGAAGGGGGCUGUUUGGAGAACGCAGAACUCCAGAGCAGAGCAAAAAAUGCCCCUUCGGGGCACACUGGGGGGUCCUGGUGGCAGCUGCCGGCAGAGGCAGCCUGGAGGAGCACAGCCCUGUGUCCCCCAGGACCCCAAAGUGGGGAGCCCAGAGAGGGGGGAGUGCCACCAUUGGUGGGACCCUCAACAGCCUGGAGAGGGGCAGGGGGGACUCCUUGGAUCCCCUGCACCCCCAACCAGGACAUAAGGGGAGAAGGGACCCUGGGACCCCAAAAUUCCCCAUCAUCCCUAAAUGGGGAGACAAAAGAAGGGGGAGCUUUUCGGAUUGCUGGGACUCCCAGCAGCCUGGGGCAGGCGUGCACCGAGUAGAUGGGGGACCCCCAAUAGAAGUGUUACCCCCAGCAGCUGGGAUGGGGGGCCCCCUGAACACCAAAGGGGAGGGACCAUUCUUAGGAACUCCUGGAAGGCAUUUUCAGGGUUGAGUGUUGGUGUUUGGGAAGUUUUGAUGGACACCAGAUGCCCGGGGCCUUCUAGAGAUGGACUUGUGCAGGAGGAACCCCCAACACAACGCACACAUUACUUGUUUUUCCCCAAACCAGGAUUUCCCAUAUCGAAGCCUUGACCCGAUGGAGGAGGAGGAGGCUGUGAGGAAGAGGAAGAUGGCCCAGGAGCCCCAGGCAGACAAGGAGCUGAGCACGGAGAGCAGGGAGGACAAAUCCCCGUGGCAGAACCUGGUGGAAGAUGCCGUUUGCAGCGGCUCCACGGCGCAGGAAUCCAACGGGGAGGAAAAGCCGUGGAGAUCCCGCACCAGGAGGGGCUGCAAACGCAGAUUGCGGGGAUCUGAGGAGGAAGGACCCAGCCUGGGCCGGGCAGGCGGCCGGAGAUGGAGCCAGAGCUCAGACCUGGUGGUCCAUGAGCAGCUUCUUGAUGGGGAGAAGCACCACAAGUGCUUGGAGUGUGGGAUGAGCUUCAGAUGGAGGUACAGACUGAUCCACCACCAGAGGAUCCACACUGGGGAGAGGCCCUACGAGUGUGGGGAGUGUGGGAAGAGGUUUCACACCAGCAGCAGUCUCCUCAAGCACCAGCGCACGCACACAGAUGAGAAGCCCUUCCGCUGCCUCAACUGCGGGAAGGGCUUCAGGCAGAACUCCCACCUCAACUACCACCGACGCAUCCAUACCGGGGAAAAGCCCCACGAGUGUGAGGAGUGUGGGAAGAGCUUCAGCCACAGCUCCAGCCUGAUCAGGCAUCAGAGGAUCCACACUGGAAAUAGGCCCUACAGGUGUGAGGAGUGUGGGAAGGGCUUCAUUGAGCGUGCCAAAUUGAUCUGCCACCAGAUGAUCCACAGUGGGGAAAGGCCACACAAGUGUGGGGACUGUGGGAAGCACUUCAGGCACCGUUCCAGCCUAAUUCUUCACCAAAGUAUCCACAAUGGGGAGAGGCCCUACGAGUGUUCUAAGUGUGGGAAGAGGUUUCCCACCAGCUCCAAGCUCCUCCAGCACUACCAGACACACACGGAGGAGAGGCCGUAUGAGUGUCCUGACUGCGGGAAGGGCUUCAGGAAAAACUCCAACCUCAUCCGCCACCAGAGCAUCCACAGCGGGGAGAGGCCCUACGAGUGUGGGGAGUGUGGGAAGAGGUUUCAGACCAGCUCCAAUCUCCUCCAGCACCAGCGCACACACACAGACAAGAAGCCCUUCUGCUGCCCUGACUGUGGGAAGGGCUUUAGGGAGAAUGGUGCCCUCACCAAACACCAAUGCAUCCACACUGGGGAACAGCCCCACGAGUGUGGGGAGUGUGACAUGAGCUUCAGCCAGACCGCCCACCUGAUCCGCCACCAGAGGAUCCACACUGGGGAGAGGCCCUACAAGUGUUCUAAGUGUGGGAAGAGGUUUCCCACCAGCUCCAAUCUCCUCAAGCACUACCAGACACACACAGAAGAGAGGCCCUACAAGUGUCCUGACUGCGGGAAGAGCUUCAGGCAAAACUCCAACCUCAUCCGCCACCAGCGCAUCCAUACUGGGGAAAAGCCCCAUGAAUGUGAGGAGUGUGGGAUGGGAUUCAGGCAACGCACCCAGUUGACCUGCCACCAGUACAUCCACACUGGGGAAAGGCCAUACACGUGUGGGGACUGUGGGAAGGGCUUCAUACAGCGUUGCAGACUCAUCUACCACCAAAGGAUCCACACGGGGGAGAGGCCUUACAAGUGUUCUAAGUGUGGGAAGAGGUUUCUCACCAGCUCCAAUCUCAUGGAGCACUACCAGACACAUACAGAGGAGAGGCCCUACGAGUGUCCUGAUUGCGGGAAGGGCUUCAGGAAAAACUCCCACCUCAUCACCCACCGGCGCAUCCACACCGGGGAGAGGCCCUACAAGUGUGAGGAUUGUGGGAAGAGCUUCUCCCACAGCUCAGACUUGACCAGACACCAACGGAGGCACCGAUAAGGGAAGCUCUGCGAAUGCCCCGAGUGCAUGAAGAGCUUCAUGCACUGCUCCAACUCCAUCCCCCACUGUAGGACCCAUGUUGGGCAGAGCCCUGGUGACCCACAUUCCCUGGGAUCCCUCUUUGGUAGACACCUGUCUGCUUAUCAUUUUGUUUUGGCCUUUCGUUUCUCUCUUCUCCAUUUCUUUGUGCUCCAAAAGACAAGUGGGAGCGAUUUCUCACCUCAAAACCUUCCAAAUCCAAGUAAAAACACCUCAAUUUUGACUCAAAAGGGCUCAAUCCAACUUCAGCGUGCCUUCUUCCCUCCUCAAAACAGCUGAAUCCCACAUGAACCUUACUGGAUUCCAUAGCCGCCAGUGUGAGAAGGGGUGGAUGGAGUUUGGGAGAAGCGGGAUCCAAAUUUGUAGUGGUGGGAUCGGGAUUGUGUGGGGCUGGCUGGGUGGGAUGGAUUUGAUAAUAAUAAAUAAAACUUUGACAAUUUCUGA